UGUCGUUUUGACAGAAACACAACAGACAUGAAAAACAGCAUCUCCGGUUUUAUGUAAUGGAUUUAAAUAUAGUUGAAUGUGAGUUCGCUGAGAGGGAUCCCGGCAUGUGCGAGUGUAAGGGAGGGCCGACCCUCGACAUAUUGAAGGACAUACAGAAAGCGUAUGAAGACAGGAUGCAGCUCAUAGAGAGGGUCGGAGGGUCGAAUAAGUUGCAAAUGCAAGUGGACGUGCUGAGGUCGUGGGUAAGCGACUUGGUGGGGCAGAACACGCUACUGGCGCGCGCUGUCGAGGAGUUGGAGGCGGAGGCCACCACCAGGCUACUAUUGGAGCGCAGAAGGAACAGUGAGAUGAUAAGCGAGCUGCAGGCGGAGCGUGCGGCGCUGCGCAGGCGCAUCGCGCGCAAGGACUCGGACCUGCGCGGGCUCGUGGAGGUACUGCGCCGGCUGCGCGAGUUCGACUACUGCACGCUCGACGGGAUACACUUCUUUGAAGUCACCGAGUCCGAUAUAUUCGGCUCUGUCGAGUGGUUAGUGCAGUCGGGGCGACAAAGGAAGCUCGACCAAGGCGACUCAAAAUACAGAAAUUACAAAUUGGACCCCGUGAGGAAACCCAACAGACAUUUACACAGAUAUUUUUGAACUUUUUUUUGUAUUUCUUUAUAUUUUUUUAAUAUACUUACUUUUUUUUAAUAUGACCCAUU